AUGGCCCCGCGAGCGACGGCGAAGACGAAAAAAUCGAAAAAGAAGGACGCCGUCUCGGCUCUUCUCACAUGCCCAAAGUCUCCCCUCGCCGUUGCCGACCUCCGAGCGAUUCUAUCUCACCCUAUGGCGUGGGACUCGCUCAGCAGCGAAGAACAAGCCGAGAUGCUCGCCCUUUUCCCUGACGGCAAGCACAUAAUCGAAGCCGAUGGUCGCCGGCGCCCCAACUUUGACUCCCUCCUCAGCGAUGACAGCUUUCGGAAGGGUUGCGCCGACUUCGCCGCCAACAUCUCCGACGGCCGCCACGACGACGCAUGGCUCGAGGAUGCAUGGAAGGCCCAUGUCCGUCGCAAGAGAGGCAGCUUCGACCAUCACCUCGACGCGACAUUUGAGAAGGAGUGGAACGUGCGUCUGCCUGUCGAUCUGAAGGCAAGACGAAGCUGA